GUGGCCUUGAUGGAUAAAACCAGUGAGAAUCUUGAAAUUAUGGUGUUACCAUACCAACAUAAUAAUUUUUAUUUGUCUUGAAUGUUUUGCUGAUGAUACUUAAUACUUAAAAAAGAAGAAUAAACUGUUGACAUUGUACGACAAUUAGAUACUGGAAGUCAGAGAGGAGAAAUUAGGUAAUAUCAAUUUGUUUAACAGUAGAAUGUAGUAAAGCCAUCUACUUUCAUUUUUAUGUCCACUUAUUUUAGAUAUAAGGAGAUUGAGCCAAUACUGAUGGGUAUACUAAGUGAAGAGAUUCCUUCUUAUGAAGCAUUAAUUCUUGAGGAAGACCUACCUCCUUUAAAUUUAAGAUCAAUUAUUGAUUCUGUUAGUUCUGUUCCUCUUUAUGACAGAUUGGAUAUCAAUAAAGGAACACUCUGUGAAAAUGAAAGAAAACUUAUGGAGUUACAAGCUGCAAAGUAUUAUAAUAAAAUAAGUCAUUUAAUCAUUGAUAAAAAAAUAAAAACCCAUAAAGAUGAAUUUUGUGAAUUUGAGUCAGAGUACUCACAAAGUGAAGAAUGUUCGGAUUUAUUUUUGAAAAAUUUCUAUAAUUGUUCAGAUAAUGAUGAAUUGCUUAUGAGAAUAAAAGGAAACCUGACUUUUGAUGAAGCUAUUCAGGAAUCCACUGAUGAGGUUAAGUUGUUUACUGAAGUUGAGCUGCAAACACCAUCAAAAGAGUUCUUACAAUUUUUUCUUCAUGCCAGAGAUGGAAAAUAUGAUAACUUGAUUGUUAAUGAAUCAUUAGCUUCACAUGAUUUAUCUUCAGAUCUUUCUUCUGAUGAGAAAGAUGAAAUCGUGGAAGAUAAAAUUAAAGAAUUAUCAUACAAAUUAAAAUUUUCUGAUUCAUCAAAUUCAAAGUUUUUAGAACCCAUCUUCAAUGCUAGCAAACAUAGUGCAUUUGAAAUAAUUUCUGAAAGUAGUUCUAACAUUCGCACUUUAAGAAAAGAAGAGAUAUUUUUAAGUGAUUCUGAAUCUGAAAAUGAUCUAAAAAAAAAACAUUUAGUAUUUGAAGUUGAUAAAACAAAUAAUGGACGAUUACCUUAUCAAACAAAAAAAGACAUAAAAGUUUUAAAAAAGAACAGAAGAAAAUAUGAUACAAGAAAAGAUAAAAUAAAUAGUGAAUCUAAAUGUGGAGAAAAAAAAGAUGUAAAAAAUAUCCAGAGACCAAGUAGCCAUUCAAGUAUUCCCACUAUGGAUCAGGAGCCUAAAAUCAAUUUAAAUAAUGUCACUACUUCUGAUGCUACUAGUACCAAUGUUCUGGUCAGUCCAAAGCAGCUAACUAAUAUUAAUGAAAAUAUAAAGAAAAUUAGUAAUAAAAAAAAAGUAAAUAAUGAAACAUCUAGCAGUGAUGAUGAGGAUUGGGAAGAUUUAGCUAAAAAAAAUUUGUUUUUACGUUCAAAAACUUUAGGGCAGAAAGUUACCACUAAAAGAUAACUAUCCAUGUAUUUGAAGUAGUUUGUUGCUAAGUUAAGAUUUGUUUUAAGAUGUAAUCUUCAAAUACAUGUUUUAAACAUUU